AUGCGAUCCCGUGACAUUGCCAUCCGUUCGCCCCGAUCAUCGCCUAGUUUGCCCGGGAAAAAUCGCGCCUCCCACCCCCAGCGCCUCCGCCCGCACUUUCUGACGAUUUUCGUCCCCUACCCCGGCUACAUCGACCCGCUCGAGCCGUACACCCCGCCGCCACCCCUAAAACCUAUCACCUUCACGCGAUUCGUCUUCCCGUUUCCGGAUCCGGGAUAUCCAAAAUUCCAAUUCCCACGAACCCGACGUCGAAGACCUUUCAAAUUCUUUCCCGGGAUCCCGAAAGCGAUACGCGACGAAUUACAAGCAUUUCAAGAAGCCAAAGCUCAAGAAUCAGAAAUUCUAACAAUCGUAGUAGAGCCGGAAUUCGUCGAAUCUGAUCCGGAGAAGAAGAAGAAGCUACACCGGAAAAGCCGGAAAGUUAAGAAAGUCAAAUUUGACGAACCGAAGGUAGAGGUUGAGGACUUUGAUCACUACGAACAGCUACUCGCCAAAUUUUUCAGCUUCAUUGGGCUCAGGAGCUCGAUUACCCCGGAUCAGCCUCAAUUUUCGGCGGUGCUUAUUUUUCGUUGGGCCCGCGAGCUAUUAAGGAGCCUGAGCACAACCUCCGAGGGCCCUUGGAUCAUCUGGAAAACAUCAUCCACAAGAAAAACGCCGAAAUUUGACCGUUUUGAUGACCAUUGGCGGCCAAGACAACAAGAAAAGACAGUAGCGCCCGCCGCCGAAGGAGCCCCGGCCACAGCAGUCACCGUAGCCAAGACCUGGCCCGUCCCAACAUUUCUACCUUGUCCGAAGGCACCCCAGAAUUUGGCUACAAUCUUGGAGCUGCCGAAAGCGGAAGGAGAAGGCAGGAAGAAAGCUGAAAACCUACGCGAAAACCCAUCUGAAAAAUCAGAAGAUCAUCUCCAGAAAAACGCUGCAAAGUUUCAAAAGGAAAAGUUAGAUUUCGGCUUGAAGUUCGCAAUUCCGGAAGCGAAGCUCCCGAAAAAGAGAGGAACCAAGAAAGGAGCCAGUAAACUACUCGAAAAACUUGGAGAACAAUCUCAAAAAUUAAUUGCUAAGCUUCAACCCAAGCCCAGCUUCAAACUUCCAUUUCCCCACAAGCAGCUACCUGAAAAAGCAGAAAAACGAGCUGAGAAACUAGAAGAACAUCUCCAGAAAAACCCUGAAAAGCUACGCUACCUAGAGGACGAUUUAGAAUCUAAAUCUCAACCUCCGGAAGAAGAAGAAAUCCCGGUUCUCGAGCUACAAGGGACUGCUAACUACGAGGCCCUAGAAUACGCAAAUUUCGGCUAUACUUACGACGGCGCACUAAUGGAGAUAGCAUUAGAACCAAAUUAUUAUGGAGAGGCCGAGGAGCCGGACCGGGGUGUUGCUCAGUUGCAUGCUCCUUUAGCCUCUUCGCCGCAGCAGCCGCCUCCCAAGAAACGGCAUCUAACCGACUCGCCGAUGGUUGUGAGGAAGGUCUCGGAUCUCGAGCACCACUUCCCACCGGACCCAUGCCAUCGUCCACUGGAACACUACCCGCUGACGCCACCAAUUCGCUCGCCCUCCAUCUCCAACCCCUCGCUGCCAUCAUCCCCUACCGUAGCCGCGGGUCGCCUCAUCAAAAAGGCAACGCGGAAGUCGAGUUCGAAGUUGAGAUUCGAGGAGGCCAAGAGUCAAAUCGAGGGUGGACUGAUGGACAUCGGCGACCUGAACUGCUUUAGCUCGCGCCAAGUCCAAGAGCUCAUCCGGUUGAAGCGCGAGAACAUCAGCGCAAUUCUGUUCGACUACGCCAAGGGGCACGAGCUCAGCUUGGAAGAGGGCGAGCGAGGAAAGCCGAUUGAUCUUUGCUACCCGCGGCUGUUCCGCUUCAAGGGGCUCAGCUCGUGCCGAGAACUUCGCCCCGUAUCCCACUGCACCAGCCCGUUCACAGCCAAGUGGUCGGAAUUCGUCUGCAUCAACCCCUGGCACGUCGAGUUGCUGCCCAGCAAUUCAGCCAGGAACUCCCCGAUUGCCGGCGGCUCGCCAGCCCUCUACCACGAGCUUCUAGGUUGGUUAUGC